GGUGUUAUAGGCUUUAAAAAAUCGAAUUUUUUUCUUCAUUUUUUUUGUUAAAUUUUUUUUUCUUCAUUUUUUUUCCACGAGCAAUGCCUUCAGCUAGUAGCUCAUAUUUUGUUUCUUGGGAGUUGAUGCAAUUUCAAUUUGCAUUGAGAGGAAAAAAUCAUUUGAUACUGUGUGGUGAAAUAAAUAUUUUGAUCUAUUAUUAAGUUUUGUUACUUUCUUUUAAAAAUCAUCUUUCACAAUUAAUUAUCUCACAAUUUUGAAUAAAAUAUGUUAACAGUUUUUUAUGUCAUUUCAUUCUUUUACUUCAAAAAUAUUUUCAGAUAGAAUGGGCGAGGAGUUCCUAUCAGAAUGUCUAGUAACUGAGGUUAUGGACCACAGUGAGCUUGGAUAUCAAGAAUUUUUCACUAAGUUUUUGAAGAGCAACAAACCUUGUAUAAUCAGGAACUAUCUGGAACAUUUUUCUUGGAACGCUUGCAAGGAUUGGGUAAAGGAGGAGGAACCAUGCCUGGAUUUCUUUCUGGAACACCUGUCACCAGAACAUCAGGUUCCUGUUUACAGUUGUGGUGAACGGUAUUUUAACUCUCAGGUCUGUAUAACGGAAACUAUUGGAGAAUAUAGGAAGGGAUGCUGAUCAGUUUCAUUCAGAGCAGUGUUGACCAAAUCCGAUAAUUUUUUAUCCAUGUUGUAGUCCUACAGACAUUGUGAUAUCAAUUUCAUUAUGAUUGGAUGAUAAUAAAGCCAGUGAGAGAAAAAAGAGUAAAGUUUUUUUAAUACCCUUUAUGAACAUUUUCUUUUUUUUUGCCAAAUCAUUGAAUAAACCAAUAAAAGACCACAUUCACGGCAGAAGGCUUAAUGUACACUUGCAAAUGUUAUAUAUUUAAGAGUUUCCAAUCGUAUUUUCCGUAUCCGUAUCCCUGUAUCAUCAGAGCUGAAAACUUUAGAAUGGGAUAUCCUUAAUCCGGAUCAGUUAAAUAAUCUGGAGAUUAAUAACAACCAU